AUGGUUCUUGAAGACCUCGGAAAACGAAUCAACGGCGCGUUUGCCAACCUGUCGAAGGGCGGCGAUAUUGACGAGGCGCUGGAUGCGAUGCUCAAGGAGGUAUGUUCGGCUCUUCUAGAGUCCGAUGUGAACAUCAAGCUGGUUUCACAGCUUCGACAAAAGGUCAAGAACAGUGUUAAGGCGACGCCCAACGGUGCCUCCAAGAAGAAGGUGAUCCAAAAGGCGUUGUUUGACGAGCUGGUCAAUCUGGUUGGGGUGGACGAGAGCGCUGCUUCUGCCGCCAAGUUCAAGCCGCAGAAGGGCAAGUCCAAUGUGGUCAUGUUUGUGGGUCUGCAGGGAUCCGGAAAGACCACGUCAUGUACCAAGCUGGCUGUCUACUACCAGCGGCGAGGCUUCAAGGUGGGAUUGGUGUGUGCCGAUACCUUCCGAGCUGGAGCGUUUGACCAGCUCAAACAGAACGCCACCAAGGCCAAGAUCCCCUUCUUUGGCUCGUACACAGAAACAGACCCCGUGGCGGUGGCAGCCGAGGGAGUAGCCAAGUUCAAGAAGGAGAAGUUUGAAAUCAUCAUCGUCGACACCUCCGGACGACAUCGACAGGAAAGCGAACUGUUUACGGAAAUGGUGGAUAUUGGCGCUGCUGUGAAACCGGACUCGACAAUCAUGGUGCUCGACGCCUCCAUUGGCCAGGCCGCCGAGCCCCAGUCACGUGCCUUCAAGGACGCCUCCGACUUUGGUUCCAUCAUCCUCACCAAGAUGGACGGACACGCCAAGGGUGGAGGAGCUAUUUCUGCGGUGGCAGCCACAAACACCCCCAUCAUUUUCAUUGGUACCGGAGAGCACAUUCACGAUCUCGAGGCGUUUUCGCCCAAGCAGUUCAUUUCCAAGCUGCUCGGUAUCGGCGACCUCCAAGGUCUCAUGGAGACGAUGCAGAGUCUGAAUCUCGACCAGAAGAAAACCAUGGAGCACAUUCAGGAGGGUAUUUUCACACUGGCGGAUCUCAGAGACCAGAUGGGCAACAUGCUCAAGAUGGGAUCGUUGUCCUCCAUUGCUGGCAUGAUUCCGGGACUCUCGGGCAUGGCGUCUUCCAUUUCCGACGAAGAGGGUACCCGUCGAAUCAAGCGAAUGAUCUACAUUCUCGACUCUAUGAACCAGAAGGAGCUGGAUUCGGAUGGAUCCAUUUUCAAGGAGGUGCCUUCUCGUAUCACACGAGUUGCCCGGGGCUCGGGAACCUCCAUCCGGGAAGUCGAGGAGGUGCUUCAGCAGCAGAAGAUGAUGGCCUCCAUGGCGUCGCGAAUGGGCGGCAAGAACGGCAUGAUGUCACGAAUGCAGAACGCCCAGAACAACCCUGCCCAGAUGGCUGCAGCUCAAAGACGGGCCCAGCAGAUGAUGGGCGGAGGAGCCGGAGGAAUGCCCGGCAUGGGAGGAAUGCCUGGAAUGGGCGGUAUGCCCGGAAUGGGUGGAAUGCCCGGUAUGGGAGGUGGUAUGCCUGACAUGAGUGCUCUGCAGGGCAUGUUCCCUGGAGGAAUGCCUGACAUGGGCCAGAUGAUGAACAUGGUACAGAACAAUCCUCAGAUGAAGGCCAUGGCGAGAAGUAUGGGUCUCGGCAUCUAA